AUGUCAGAAUCAAUUUCUUUAAACGAGAUGUCAGGAUCACCCCAGCCACAAGAUAUCCCAGAGCAACAACCUAAAUAUCAGCCACAUAACAAUACUAUUACAACCGAACCCAAAGCCACGGAUGAAAAGGAUCCAUUCAAACUACAGCUGGAGUGGCCAUCAGGUACAGUGAAUCCAGAAAACUUGAAUCGUCAAAAAACCAAUGCAUCAUCGUCGUCGUCAACCUCGUCCUCCAGUUCUGGGUCGGAUUUCUCGGGGCAUAGUGGUUAUCAGCGAGAGCACAAUGAGUGUACUGAAUUUUGUAUCGAACUCUUCACAUGUUUUGGGGUGGUUGACUGUUGCCCUAAAAACGGAGAAGGAUGUGUCACAUCGGUUGCCACUUGGCUAGGAAAUCUUGUAUUUUCUUGUUGCAAAUGCUAA